AUGCCAAUCCCACGCGACUGCCCCAGUGAUUAUCUUUGUUCUCGGUGCCCUCUAUGCUUUGGGGGAGACCCAAUUCAGAGGCUUGGAGGUGAUGUCCCCGAUAUUGUCAUGUGUCUCGAUGCAUGCUUCAAGCAAAAAGAAAAUGAAGGGCAGUCUGACCCACCUCAUGAGCACCCUCAAAGUGUCUUCUUAUCUGAGGCCACUGCAUCAAAGAUGGAAGGAUAUGUUGAGGGCAUUCGUCUGAACAAGGCCAAGAAGGGUGUGAAGCGCCAAAAGCCUGUUGAUACUAGUAGGAACCACCCUGAUUCAGAUGAAGAAGAUGGCUAUGAUGGUGCACUGAAGGUUCCACGAUCCGUCUUAGCCGGCUGUGAGAAGAGCUUCACAGCCGCAAAUGAAACACGUGAAAAGGCCAGCACACAGUUUUUUGCCGUCACCGCACUGAUGGCUCUUCUCUGCCGCUGA